AAGUUAGUGAACAUCUUGGAGUCUCCCGAGGAGGCGGCGAUCGCGCCGAAGGAUGUGGAGCGGAUCAAGAAGGAAAUUUUUGGCAUGCAAACAUUUUACGUCACCGCCGUGGAGAACUUGGGGGCGGAGAUGAACGGAGCUGGGGUAUUAUUCAAAGGUAACUUGCGCACCGAGCGCGCCAAGGUGUGGGAAACCGUGCAAGCCGAUCUUGAACGCAUGUUCAACGGCGAGUACACGGCGUUCAUGCUUGAAGAACCGCCGGGAGAGGAUGGUCCGAGCGGAGACGUCGCCAUCGACUCGAAGUACGGUCCGCGCGUGAGUUUUCUCAUCGUCCCGAGCGAUCGCGCGGGCCCGAGUCCGGGCACGGCGGGAUGGCAGUAUCUUCUCGCAUUGGCGCUCAUGGGUCUCACCGUCGGGUCCGCCGUGCAGCUCGGCUUGGUGGCAGAGGUGUCCAAGCUCCCGCCGGAGACGAUGUCUUGGUUGCAACAAGCCGGCGACGUCGAACUGCCCGAGGGUGCUCUACCACCCGGGUUGGAGAACUUUGACUCCGUCGCGUACGUCGAAUCGGCGCUUCCCGUGACGAUCGGCGUCAUGGCGGCGAGCGUCGGUCACGAAGUCGGACAUCAAAUCGCGGCUUUCAUGCGCAAGAUUAAAAUCGGCAUUCCCUUUCUCAUCCCGAACUCCCAGCUCGGCACGUUCGGGACGCUGACGCAAAUCAAGAGCACGCCGGAAACUCGCGCUGAUCUCUUCGACGUCGCCGCUGCGGGUCCCGUUGCGGGAGGUAUGGUUGCCCUGAACUUGUUCGUGUACGGCUUGACGCUCUCCAUGGGCGGCGACAGCCCGGAUUUGAUUCCCAUUCCCAACGCGUUGUUCAACUCUAGUCUCUUACUCGGCGGCAUCUCGCAACUCUUCUUACACGCAGGCGCCAAGGGUGUGAUGGUGCAUCCGUACUUCAUCGCAGGCUGGUGCGCGCUGACGACGCAAGCCCUAAACUUGCUCCCCGUCGGUUCCAUCGACGGCGGUCGCAUGACGCAAACGGCGUUCGGCCGUCGCGUCUUGGGUGCCACCUCCCUCGGUACGUACAUCGGGCUCAGUUUCGGCAUCAUAGCCAGUUCAUUAGCGUUACCGUGGGCCAUUUACAUCGUCCUCACGCAACGCACGCCUGAAUUCGCGCCCAAGGACGACGUCACCGAGGUGGACGACGGCCGCGCCACGCUCGCCUUCGCGCUCAUCGCCGUCGCCUUCCUCGUCUUACUCCCA